UCGUGACAUCAAUUGACUAAGUACGAUUUGUUGUGAUCGAAACAAAAUUAAUAACAUUAAAUGAUCGGUUCUUUCAAUUUUAAUUUCACUCAUUUAUAUAAUUUGUACAAAACUAAAAGCAUAACGUUGUGAUUUAUAAUUAUUUUAGUGACAAUUUAAAUCAAUAUUUAGUUUUAUUUAAAAUGAAUUUUGAACCGGAUCUCAAACAAUAUACUAUGUGCUCCGUGUUAGGUUCAUGUUUCUCUGAUCGUGCAGUUGUGUUCCUAGGUAAACACAAUAAAAGUGGAAAUUUAGUAGCUAUGAAAAAUUUUAACCUAGAUACAUUGUCCAAAACGGAUUGUCAGCUUAUUCAAGAUGAGAUUUAUAACACCAGACAAUUGAUGCAUCCAAAUCUUAUAUCGUAUGUAACAUCAUUCCUGGACAAAAGUCAGCUAUAUGUUAUAUUUCCUUUAAUGGGAUAUGGUUCAUGUCGUGAUCUAUUACGAAACCAUUUUGUAGAAGGUUUACCAGAAAUAGUGAUUGCAUUUAUACUCAGAGAUGUAUUGUUGGGUCUUGAAUAUAUACACAACAAAGGUCUUAUACACAGGGCGAUAAAAGCAAGUCAUAUAUUGGUACGAGCUGAUGGCCAUGCUUGUUUAUCAGGCUUACGCAACAUGUGUCCUAUCGACAAGCGGUCAAACUUGCAUUCACUACCACUACAAUCUGCAAACAAUUUAAAUUGGUUCAGUCCAGAAAUGCUUGAACAAAAUCUACUAGGAUAUAAUGAAAAGUCAGAUGUAUACAGUUUAGGAAUCACAGCAUGUGAACUAGCCAAUGGUUUCGUUCCUUUCGCUGAAACUGAAACUACAUUAAUGCUUACACAAAAAGUUAAAGGCCUUAUACCUCACUUACUUGAUUGUACUACAUGUUAUCCUUUUGAAGAUAAUACUGCUGACAAUGGAUAUCAGUCUGAAGAAGCAUUUGGUAUUAACACUGCCCCCAUGAGUAGUAUUUAUACAAGAAUAUUAACUGAGCCAUUCCAUAAUCUUGUUGAACUUUGCUGCCAACGAGAACCAGAAACCAGACCUUCUGCAUCUGAAUUACUGGCGCACAAUUUUAUUAAACAAGUAAAAAGAGAUAAUGAAAAAGUGACAGAUUUGUUACGACCAGCCGUUCCAUUGUUGAAAACUAACGUUGCUGAAAUAAGUGAUGACCUAGCAUCUGUUGGAGGUAUUUCUCAACAACUUAGCGACCUUGAUUUACUUACAUAUACUUGGGAUUUUGAUCACAAUGAUACAAUUUCUACAUAAAUAUCUAAAAAUCAGUAUUAUAUAAUUGCAUACUUAAAUAUUAUGUAUUGUUAUGCAUUUAUUUUUGUUAGUCUUCUUAAAAAAUGUAAAAGAAAAAAAUAAUUUUUAUAAAUUAAUACCAUUCUUAAUAAUACAUACCCUCGUACCCAUUAACAAUAAUUGUUAUCAUAAUUCAUAAACAAUAGGUAUUUUCUUUGUAAUAGUAAUACUUAAAAUAAUUUUCAUUAUUUACUUUGAUUAUUAUACAAUGAAAUAUAUAUUCUGUGGUUAAGACCUAAAGCACACUGCUAAUUAAUAUCAUUAUAUCAGAGUUUCAUUAUAAUAAAAGUUCAAAUUUUAAAUGAUAGGCAAAAAUAAUUAAAUCUAAAUUUUUAAGAUACAUUGUUUUAAUGAAACUUUGAUACUUUAAUCAAACUCUAGUACCUCUGCUACACAUUAAUCACACCUAACAUAUUGUGUAAUCACAGCAAAGUACAAAUUACAUGUAAACGGAAACGCUCGAACAAAUUUUAAUUUGCAGAAAUAAACUAGGUAUCAAAAACCUGUUAAACAUUAGAUAAGAACUUUUCAAAAUACUAGUAACAUGUUUAACUAUGCAAUUUAUGUAACACUUUCUACUGGAGCACUAUAUGGUCUAUAUAUUAUAUUAUAUAUUUAUAUUGCACUUGAAACUAUUAUAUGUCUAUAUGUAUACCAAAAUUGAG